AUGUCCACCCAAGCUCCCCUCAGCCCACCUCCGCGCUCCGUCCCUCAGGUCGCUUCCAACGAGGCCCGCAAAGUCGAGAAUGCCUCAAGCAAUACUCUCGAGGAACUCGUCGAUGAGAAUGCCGACUCGACAGACUCCAACUUGCGAUAUACUGCAUAUCUGAGGCGGAUAACGGAUAUCGCCCGUUCAGCACAGAGAUAUACAGCCUACACUAGCGACAUUGGCGAGGCCUUCCGGCCAGUCGUACCUCCCUCUCUUGUCACCGCCGCAUACGGUAUCUCCUGGGCGUACCUCAUCGGAGAUGUCAGCUUCACGACCUACAAGGCCCGCGAGCUCGGCCCGUCCCCGCUCGAAGCAGCCAACAUGUCCGAGCCGACCCGUCUCGGUCUCGUCGCCGUCAAGCGGUCCAUCUUCCAGGGUGUCGCCUCGAUGGCUCUGCCCGCAUUCACCAUCCACACGGCUGUCAAGCAAGCGUCGAAAGCUUUGAUCAACAGCAAGAAUAUCACGCUGAAGCGGUGGGGACCGACCGCUGUCGGUAUUGGGAUUGUCCCGGCUCUGCCAUACCUCUUUGAUCACCCUGUCGAGACUGCCGUAGACUGGGGAUUCGAAAAGGUCGAGCAAAAGUGGUUUAGCGCAAAUCACCCGAACCUCCCUGUGCCCAGUAACGACCCAAACGUCCUUCCCAAUGUCAAACGGGACCUAUGA